AUGGGCAUAUACGACAAGAUAAGGAACAUUGAAAACCUGAACGAAGCGGAACUGAAGAACAUUGGAAAUUCGGAUGCUUCGUGGCAUGAUCAGUAUAAGGAAUCCAGUUAUAUUUACAUUGGUAACCUAGAUAAAAGACUAACUGAAGGUGACAUCGUUAUUGUUUUUUCACAAUUUGGUGAACCGAUAGACGUUAAUCUAGUGCACGAUAAGGAGACAGGAAAGUCAAAGGGAUACUGCUUCUUAUCCUAUGAGGACCAGAGAAGCACAGUCUUGGCCGUUGAUAACUUCAACGGUUACAAACUUUUAGACAAGCCAUUAGUCGUUGAUCAUAUACUAAAUUAUAGGAUUCCCCAGAAAUAUGCUAAUGCAGAUAAGGAAAAUGAAUACAAACCAAGCGGCGCGGAGGGCCAAGGAAUAGGUGUAUACAACGUCAUUGAAAGUGAAAUAAACUUGACGAAAGCUUUUGAAAAAAUAAAGAAUAAGUAUAAUGAAGAGAAAAAAAAGGAAUUGCUUGAUGAAGAUGAAUUAUGGGCUCAGAACUUUGAAAAAUCGUUAAAGAAAAAAUCAAAUGAUCAUCGAAAGGAAAGAGAAGAUCGUAUUUCAAUUUCUUUUCCUGUGGUUGAAGAUAGAAAACAUGGAUGUUCAGGAGAGAACUACAGGUUACAAAAAAAACACAAAUAUGUAGAUAAAGAAAAAUAUGAUAAUGUGUCCCAUGCGCGUGUGAAGCAUUUGUCUCAUCACACCAAAGGGGAAGACAUUCGCAAAAAUAAAAAACGCAUAAAUUAUAGUGACAGCCAGGAGAGUGGCUCCAGUAGAGGUUAUAACAAACGGGGCCAUAGUGCAUAUAAGAGAGAGAGGAAAAAUCGACGAUGA